AGAGCGGCUGAGGGGAGCAAGGAGAGAGGCCGGGCCAAGAUGGCGGCAGCGGAGGCUGUGAGGGAAGGAGGCCGGCGGCGAGGAGGAAAAACAGUAGCAGCCGCCGCCGCCCCGAGGGCUCUCCUCCGGCCGCGAGCCAUGUAAGCGAACCCCGGGGCCCUUCCUUCUUCCCUCGGAGCCAGGAUGUUCUCGGCCCUGAAGAAGCUGGUGGGCUCCGACCAGGCCCCGCCCGGCAGGGACAGGCCCAUCCCGGCGGGGCUCCAGUCCAUGAACCAGGCCCUGCAGCGCCGCUUCGCCAAGGGGGUCCAGUACAACAUGAAAAUUGUCAUCCGGGGGGACAGGAACACGGGGAAGACUACUUUGUGGCACCGGCUGCAGGGGAAGAAGUUUGUGGAGGAGUACAUUCCCACUCAGGAGAUCCAAGUCACCAGCAUCCACUGGAAUUACAAAACCACUGACGAUAUUGUGAAAGUCGAAGUCUGGGAUGUGGUCGACAAAGGCCAAAAAAUCAACCUGCGCGACUCCUUGGGGAAGUGCAAGAAGCGCGGAGACGGCUUGAAACUGGAGAAUGACCCUCAGGAGGCGGAGGCUGAGAUGGCUCUGGACGCAGAGUUCCUGGACGUUUACAAGAACUGCAACGGCGUUGUGAUGAUGUUUGAUAUCACCAAACAAUGGACCUUCAGCUACAUCCUGCGGGAGCUGCCCAAAGUGCCGACCCAUGUUCCGGUCUGUGUCCUGGGCAACUAUCGGGACAUGGGGGAGCACCGGGUCAUCCUCCCGGACGACGUGCGGGACUUCAUCCACAACCUUAAUAGGCCUCCGGGCGCCUCCUACUUCCGUUACGCCGAGUCUUCCAUGAAAAACAGCUUCGGCCUCAAGUACCUGCACAAGUUCUUCAACAUCCCCUUCUUGCAGCUGCAGCGAGAGACGCUGCUGCGGCAGCUGGAGACCAACCAGCUGGACAUUGACGCCACUCUUGAAGAGCUCUCCGUCCAGCAGGAGACUGAGGACCAGAACUACGAAAUCUUCCUGGAGAUGAUGGAGGUCCGCAGCCGAGGCCAUGCCUCCCCUCCAGCAGCCAAUGGGCAGAGCCCUUCCUCUGGAUCCCAGUCGCCGGUGGUCCCUCCCCUUCCUCCUCCAAUGGGCGAUGCCUCUGGAAGCUCCAGCCCUGGGACCCCGCUCCCGCCGCCCCUCCCUGUGGCCCCGCAGCACAACGAGGGACCCCCGGCAGAGGCCCCUGAGCCUCCCCCCUCCGCUGUUGUUGUGGCAGCCGCUGCACCGCCUCCAAAGCGCAGCAUUAUCUCCCGGCUCUUUGGGAGCUCCCCUGCCCCUGAGGCAGCCCCAGAUCCCUCCCUGGGGCCUCCACUCCCUCCUCCUUCCGCCGGGGUCCCUCCAAAGGUGCAGAGUGUGGAGGACUUUGUCCCGGAGGAGAGCCUAGACCGCAGCUUCCUGGAGGACCCUGCCCCUCAGAGGGGCCCCAGGCCCGGUCCCAGGGCCCCCCAUACCGACAGCGACAGUGACCAGGAGGCUUCCAGAGGGAACCCACUGGUGGCUGGUUUCCAGGACGACCUGGACCUGGAUGACCGCUUGUCUGGCAAGGCCCCCCACGCCUCCACGCGGAUCCCCAGCAAGAACAUUGCUCUGUCCAGCGAGGAAGAGGAGGAGGAACCCAGGGCUGCAGAGGAAGACGUCCCCCACGAAGAAGGGGCAAAACGACCUUCCCAAAAGGCCUCCAGGCCCCCGAAGCCGUCUCCCUUGACCAAAGCUCCCGACCCGACGGCUGCCCCCUCCUCGCUCCCCACAGCGGUUCAGAGGGGCCUGGAGCCCAACGGUGGCCCCCUUGUCCCUGCAUCUGCCUCCCCCUCCUCCUCGCUGCCGCCCCACAAGGCCUGGGCCCCAAAGCAGAAGGCGGGAGACAAAGGCGGGGAGUCGGAGAGCGACCCCGAGGGCCCCAUCGCCACCCAGAUGCUCUCCUUCGUCAUGGACGACCCCGACUUUGAGAGCGAGGAGUCGGAUGCCCAGCGCAAAGGAGUGGCGGAGUUUCCGGUGAGAGAGGAGGACCUCUCGGACGUCUCAGAUGAAGAAGCCCCUUCCAGGCCCCCUCCUCCACAGCCUCUGAAGCCCAUUGUCCAUGCCUUCAAGGCAAAGGGCGAUGCAGACCUUUUUGGCCUGGGCCUGGAGGAGGCCGGCCCCAAGGACAGCAGCGAGGAAGAGAAAGACAAGUCAUCCUCCAAAGAGAAGAAGAAGAAAAAGAAGAGGAGCAGCAAGGAGGAGGAAGACAAGGCCUCGGGGAAGAAGAAGAGCCGUCCCAAGAAGGACAAGGAGAAGGAGAAGGAGGAGGGGAAGGAGGAGAAGAAGUCGAGGAGAAAGCGGCGGAGCAAAGACAAGGGCGGCAGCGAGAUCGACGAAUUGGAAGCCUUCCUGGGGGGCCGGGGGGCCGGGCCCACCAAGCAGCGAGGGGGCGGGGACUAUGAGGAGCUGUAGGGAUGGCCGCCAAAGAUGGGGAAUUUUGGGGGGAGACAAAGCCCUGGCUUCUUCCCUCCCUCCUUUAAGACUGCUUGAACCCCCCACCCCCUUUCAGAAACAAAACGGCAGACUUACUAUUUUUCUCUCUCCGUUGAAAAAUAGCCAAGGCCUUGUUGCUAGGCCUCUCCCAUGCAAAACAAGGGGAGCAGUUACUGACUCCUUUGUGUCCCCCCCCCCUUUCAAAUAAUCAUGCAAGAAAUAAUGGCAGAGCUCUUGCUCUUUGCGCCCCAUAAAUCCCCCUCGAAAACAAUGGGUCCUUGCUAUUUUUGUACCCGAGACAUAGUCACGGAUCGGCUGCUCCUCUUUGGCUUUUUCUAUUAUUAUUUUUUUUUGUGGUGGGGAGUCAUUGAAAGAAGAGAGGAAGGGUCUCCCUUAAUCAUGGAGGGGGCCUGCUUUGCUGGCUGCUGUGCAGUUUGGGGGCAAAAGUCAAGGAGAGCCCCCUUUCGGAACCCCCUUGGAGGCCAGGAAGAGAGUGUUUACGAUCGUAUUAUUUCUUAUUGAGGCCUCAUUGGGGUGACCCCCCCCUCCGUUGAAGGUCUGCGAGGCCUUUCGAUCAUAUUGAUAAUAUUAUUAAUGAGGACUCAUUGGGAUGGAAUGUUACAUGACCCCAAAUAACCCCUUACUCACCUGUCUCCAUCCUGACCUCUUUUUUUUACCAUAUGCAUCUUUUGUUUGCUUGUUUGUUUGUUUUGCUUCAUCCUGAACCGCUGCAUGUUUAUCCUCUGCAUAUCCGGCUCCUGUUGCCCGAUUCCUCUCUUGCUUUAUUGGUGAGUAUGUCAACAAUCCUUUCCUCCUAUCCGCAUAUAUAUGAGGGUUAUCCGGAAAGUAGUUAUAAGGCAUGUAGCUCUCGCGGGGAAUUUUCACGGGGUUUCGCCGUGUAGCAGGAAGCAAGCGAGCAGUGCCAGUCGUCCAUAGCUCAUUGACUGGCAUUGUGAAGGUUAAAUAUAAGCGUCCUCAUUUUGUUGUCGAAGGCUUUCAUGGCCGGGAUCACAGAGUUGUUGUAUGUCUUUCGGGCUGUGUGGCCAUGUUCCAGAAGUAUUCUCUCCUGACGUUUCGCCCACAUCUAUGGCAGGCAUAUCUCACAACCUCUGAGGAUGCCUGCCAUAGAUGUGGGCGAAACGUCAGGAGAGAAUACUUCUGGAACAUGGCCAUACAGCCCGAAAGACAUACAACAACCCCGUCCUCAUUUUGUUUCCCUCCCAAGUGUGAAGUUCAUUUUUAUUUUUAUUUUAUUUCCAAUAUUUAUAUCCCGCCCUUCUUACCCGAAGGGACUCAGGCCGGCUUACAGCAUUGGCACAAUUAGGUGCCUAUACAAAAUCAAUCAACAAUACAUAAAAUCAGUUAAAAACUAUUUAAGUUCAUGUUGUAAUACGCUACGUAAGGACAUGAACGCUGCUGCGAUUCGUCACGAAAUCAUUUUGAUUUAUGGAGAAUGUAAUGUCAACACAGCAUGUGGCAAAAUGGGUACAGAAUAUUUCUAAAGGACGAAAAUUCACGAUGGAGACAGAAUUGGAUAGCCAUCUGUUGUGAGUAGUUACGUGGAGAAAAUUGAAGGAAAUCUUUCUGGUCGCCGCUCAACAAUCAACAACCUGCAUGAAGGGUUGUUGUAUGUUUUCCGGGUUGUAUGGCCAUGUUCUAGAAGUAUUAUCUCCUGAUGUUUCGCCCACAUCUAUGGCAGGCAUCCUCAGAGGUUGUGAGGAUGUCUGCCAUAGAUGUGGGCGAAACGUCAGGAGAGAAUGCGUCUGGAACAUGGCCAUACAGCCCGGAAAACAUACAUCAACCCUGUGAUCCUGGCCAUGAAAGCCUUCGACAACCUACAUGAACUUUAUCCAAACAUUUCCCAAACUGUCGCUCAUGAAAUCGUAGCUGAAAUAUGGAAGAUUUUGUGUUGUCAAAGGCUUUUAUGGCCGGGAUCACAGGGUUAUUGUGUGUUUUCUGGGCUUUUUGGCCAUGUUCCAUAAGUAUUCUCUCCUUAUGUUUCUCCCACAUCUAUGACAGGCAUCCUCACAACCUCUUGAGGAUGCCUGCUAUAGAUGUGGGCGAAACGUCAGGAGAGAAUGCGUCUGGAACAUGGCCAGACAGGCCGGAAAACUCACAAAAACCCCAUGGAAGAUUUUCUUCCAUUUUUUUUGUGCCAUGUGACGAUUUUGCGACUAAUCGCAGCGCCAUUCAUGCCCUUAGCAUUUAAAUAGUGUAUUAUAGUGAGAACUUGGCAAUUGAAGGGAAACAGAAUGAGGACACUCAACUCUAACCUUCACAACGCCAGUCGAUGUUUCCGUUGUUUGUUUCCGUUGGCUUCCUACUACACAGCAGUGAUACCAACUUCCCCCUGCGAAAAUAAUAAUAAUAAUAAUAAUAAUAAUAAUAAUAAUAUAAUAACUUUAUUUUUAUACCCCGCCUCCAUCUCCCCAAAGGGACUCGGGGCAGCUUACAUGGAACGACACAGUUAAAAUGUAAUUGCAUAAAAAUGCAAUUAAACAAUGUAGACAGACUAAAACAACAUUACAGCAAUAUAUAAAAGAGCAUUAAUUCCCUGCGAGAGCUAUAUGCCUUGUAACUUUACUUUCUGGAUAACUCUCCUGUAUAUAUAUAUAUGUAUAUCUCCUUCUUUUGCAUAUAUAUGUUUUGGCAUUGGUGUGUCUUUGUCGCCCAAAAAGAUCUCAAGGUAUUUGCAUAUCUUUUUCUUUUUUUUGCUGUGUCUUCCCCUCCCUCCCCAAAAGGAAACGUGGCCUAUGGCUUUGCUUUGUCACUAUAUGUCUGCAUUACGUGGAACAUUCCUCAAAUGGGGCUGAAAAUGGGGAGAUCCCUUUUGCGUUGUUUUGGGGGGGUGCGUUGCAUCCCGACCCCCUCCCCCUCAUUUUGAGACUCCUUCACUUUAACAACUGCAUGGACAUCUCAGGUAUCUUGGUCUUGGCCUUCGUUGGAGGGCUUCAAACCCUCGGAAAGGUUAACUAUAUCAAAACACUCCUUUUCUCCCCCCAUAAUCCGCAUCUGAGCCAGUCCUGGUUGUGUUCUAUUUUUUGUUAUAUAUAUAAAUAUAUAUAUUGGGGGUGAAGACGACCCCAACAAUGGUACACUCCUCCUCCCUUCCGACCGAUAAAGCUCUUGGUUGUACGGCU